AUGUCCUUCAGUGGAGGCGUGAAGCUCGGUGACCUCGAUGACUUCAUCGCUGCCUCCCAGGAGUGCGUCAAGCCGCUGAUUGAGGCCGCCAGUGGCAACGGCUCCGCGAAGAUCGGCUCCACGGGCACCGUGGGCGCCGCGGCGCUGGGGACCCGCAUCGCCGCAGUGGAGACGCCGCAGGUGCAACGGCCGAAUCUCAUCAAGACGAAGCAGAGCAAGGAGGACCCCAAGGCCCAGAUCGCCGGCGUCACGCUGUCGGACUGCCUCGCCUGCAGCGGCUGCGUCACCUCCGCGGAGACGGUGCUCCUGCAGGCGCAGAGCGGCGAGGAGUUCCUCCGGCGCGUGGCAGAGGUCAAGUUGAUGGUCACUGCAACGAUUUUACAUUGGGUACAGAUGAUGGACUACGCUCGUGCGCUGUUGCUGGUGGUGCUCUCGGUCAGGAACACGGUAGCCAACUUUGUGCUCGCGCACCUGGCGGUGGUCGACACCCCCCGUUCCGCUGGCGAUGCUGCUGCGGGGCGCGAAGGUCAGGUCCGCAGCCUUGGUGGCGAUGUGCGCGACGACCUGGGCGCCUCCAACGUCGUCUACACCUUCGGGUUGCCGUCUCAGCCGCGUUCAUUCUGUAAGCGCACUUGGCGGCGCGCAAAGAAGGGGGCGCGCCGACGAGAGCUUCGGGUGGCCACUUUCAACAGCAGUGGCUGGCCUCAGCUACGUGAUUUUCUAGAGACCAUGGGCGCCCAGCUUGGCGUUGUUUUGUGCUCGGGCGGUCAAGCUUGA